AUGGACCCAUCCAACAGCUCUGAGAAGCCCCCAACCAAUGGGACCCCAGGGCCCUUUGAUGGUCCCCAGUGGCCCCACCAGGCCCCACGGAGCAUGUACCUGUGGGUGGCCGUGCUGAUGGGCAGCGUGGUGCUCUCUGCCUCGGUUCUCAAUGGUUUGGUCAUCGUGGUUUCCAUCAGGUACAAGCAGCUCCGGUCGCCCCUCAACUACAUCCUGCUGAACCUGGCCGUGGCCAAUCUCCUGGUGACGCUCUGCGGCAGCUCCGUCAGCUUCAGCAACAACAUCAAUGGCUUCUUUGUGCUUGGCAAACAGCUGUGUGAGCUGGAGGGCUUCAUGGUCUCCCUGACAGGGAUCGUGGGGCUGUGGUCUCUGGCCAUCCUGGCCUUUGAGAGGUACAUUGUGGUGUGCAGACCCUUGGGAACCUUUCGGUUCCAGCACCGACAUGCUGUCAGUGGCUGUGCCUUCACCUGGAGCUGGUCCCUGCUCUGGACAACCCCACCACUCCUGGGCUGGAGCAGCUACGUGCCUGAAGGUCUGAGAACAUCUUGUGGGCCCAACUGGUACACAGGUGGCAGCAACAACAACAGCUACAUCUUGGCCUUGUUUGUCACCUGCUUCGUGAUGCCCCUCAGCCUGAUUCUCUUCUCCUACACCAACCUGCUGCUGACCCUGAGAGGGGCUGCAGCCCAGCAGCAGGAAUCAGAGACAACACAGCAGGCGGAGCGGGAGGUGACACGCAUGGUGGUCGCCAUGGUGUUGGCCUUCCUCAUCUGCUGGUUGCCCUACAGCACGUUUGCCAUGGUGGUGGCCACCACCAAAGACAUCAUCAUCCAGCCUGCUCUGGCAUCCCUGCCCUCCUACUUCUCCAAGACCGCCACAGUCUACAAUCCAAUCAUCUACGUCUUCAUGAACAAACAGUUUCAGAGCUGCCUGCUGAAGAUGGUGUGCUGUGGUCACCAUCCUCGGGGGACGAGAAAAACUACUCCCUCUGCCCCCAGCCCCUGUGCAGACAUUGCUGCAGAGAGGCUGCGGAACAAGCUGACCCCGUCUCACCCUGUCUAA